ACCAUUUCAUGGCAGCGCAUUUUCCUUUUCGUGACAGAGCACGUCAUUUUGGACAUUUGAUUGAUAAUUUUUUGAAGAUCUUUCAAAGUAGUGUGAUACAAACCAACAUUGGGUGCUAAACAAUAAUAUUUCAUUAUUUGCUGGUUAGAAAAACGAUGUGAAUUAAUGGAUUCGGUGUUCGAAAGUUAGUGGUUAGGUGCACAAAAUGAGCGACCUAAAGUGUGUGGUUGAGGGCUGUGAUUUAGAGUAUGAUGUGGUUUGCAGCUUCUCAUUCUACAAUGUCAACUCAUCGGAGUCGAAGGAGGGUCCGCGGCAGGCAUGGAUCAAUGGAGCCAUGCAGGAGGACAGCGAGUGUCUGUGGAGACACGUCAGCUUGCAGCUUUGCGGGUACCACUUCGAGCUGGACUCUCAAGGUCUGUGGAUCGACUCGCCCAUGCUGCCGGAGCUGCUGACCCCGCAGCCCGCGGCGGCAGAGGCCAUCGAGCCAACCGAGGAGCAGAAGAAAGGCUCGGGCGGUGCUGGCAACUCUGGUUUUCAAGGGCUCUUCCAACAGUUCAUAACUGGAAAAAAAGACCAAGCGGCAGACAUGGUGAAAAUGGAGCAUAACUACAGUACGGCGGCGGCGGCGCCCGCGCCCGAGCCCGUGUCGCGGCUCAACGUGCGCCAGCUCGUCGACACGCUGGGCUACCUGUCCCUAAAAAACCUGCAGCGCAAGCAGCUGUGGGUGGUGGCGGUGGAGAGCGACAAGGCGGAGGCGUCCAUCACGCAGGCCGAGCAGGUCAUCACCAAGAUGCACGAGCCCAAGCAGGUCAUCGAGAUACUCCCUCAAACGCAGAGCACCGAACCCGAGACCUCCCACACGGAAGAGCUCCCCAUGAUGGACGACACAACCGUCUCAGACAACUUCAUCUACGAAAUAGCAGAAGAACAAGAGAUAUCAAUGGACGAAGUCAGCGAAAUACCCGCAAACCAAGAGUGGACCGUCAACAUACUCCCUGACGACUCAAAGCCUAAAUACGCCUUCAUCCGUCACUGUAAUACGGGUAAAAAGAAGAGGCAUUUCACUGCAGACAUGACGGAAGUGGUGCAAGGGGACUUCGAGAACUAUUACAUUUUGCCGGAUGCUGACCCGUCGGUCGGCGUGGAAGUCACGACUAGUUAUGAGCCAGAGAACUAUAUUGUGGAUGAGUAUCAGCAUUUGGUGCUAGAGGAUCGACCGAAGAAGAGGGGGAGGGAACCUAAGGAGGAAGCAGGCAAGAAGCGAAAGAAGAAGAACUCAGUCCGCGAACAAGUCAAGCAGAUCCAGCGACAAGCGGAGAUAGGUCAGGACUGGGUCAUAGAGAACAACGUGGCGUUCGACCAAGACGAUUCUGACGACUACGACCCGAAGACCAAGGCGAGGGUGAGGAGGAAAAAUAAGAAAUAUGUCGGCUAUGACUUUGUUACGUAGUAGGGUUGGUCUUAGCGUGGAUGCAGAGACAAGGCGUUUUUGUUCAGACUUGUUAUAGAGGGUAACUAAAGUUGCUGUGUGUCUUUUUGGUUGGAUUUAUGUGUGAACUAUGUUUUAAGCCAUAAAAAACAUUGGUUUUCGCCUGUAACUACUAGUACCCGUAAUGUACUAGAGUUCAAAAUAAGGAGGGAACUAUUUUCCCUUUGACUUAUUAAGGGUUAAAGUAAAACAUAAGAACCGAUGUAAUUCUAACAAGUAAAUAUGGUUAUGUAAACAAUGGAACCA